UGUCGCUUUACCAGCCUUCUUGAGCCGCGCUGUGAGCCGUACUUAUGAUGGAGAGGGAAGCUGUGGCGAAAAUGGCGGCGUCCGCGGAUGGCCAGACCAAGUACGGGCAGUCUGUGAAGGGACUGCUCACCGAGAAGGUCAGCACAUGCGGCGCCGACGUCAUCGCCCUCACCAAACAAGUGCUGAAAGGAUCGCGGAGCUCUGAGCUUCUUGGCCAUGCUGCCAGAAAUAUGGUGAUGCAAGAAGAUUCCAUUUUACAUUCAGAAGAUAGCCUCCGAAAAAUGGCGAUUAUAACAACACAUCUACAGUACCAACAAGAAGCCAUACAGAAAAAUGUUGAACAAUCGUCAAACCUCCAGGACCAGUUGAAGCAUCUGUUGAAGUGAGAAGAAAUCCGGGGACACUUGAGACAUUAAGUAAUUCUGCCUAUCAUGGUUCCAGAGCUGCUUGUAUGUUGCUAUUUGCCUGACAGCUCCUCGGUGUGGUCCUUCAUGUCAGUGGAUUGUUAAUACUUGAACAUACCUUUUUAAUAUGUUUAAUGUUUGUAUUUUUCUAUUCUGUGUAAUAUUAUUUAUGAUGGCUCUUUAAAGAUUGCAUUGGCUUUAAUGUUCAUCUAAGGAUCUAAGGUCCUUUCACACUGGGGCAGUGGGUGCAGUGGCGGUAAAGCGCCGCUAUUUUUAGCGGCGCUUUACCAUCAAUUUUGCACAGCUAUUCAGCCGCUAACGGGGCGCUUUUAACCCUGGAGUGUGAGGAGCGGCUUUCAGGGCGCUUUGCAGGCGCUAUUUUUAGCGUUAUAGCGCCUGCCAAGCACCCCAGUGUAAAAGGGGUCUUAGACAGGAGCAAGGUAUGUCACCAGGUAAAUUAUUAUGUGGCAUUUAGAUAAUGUAUUAAAACUGGCAUGUCCUAAUAUAAUAAAGCUAUCCUGUAGUUAAGCAUAUAAUAACAUUGUGUGUCUUCUGCUAUGGGAUUUCCUUACCUUGAA